CCAUCAGGCAGGAGAGAAAGAGGAGGAGGGUGAGCUGGAGGAAGGAAAGGAUAUAGUGCAGGGACAAGGGAAGGUUUGUUGCAGGGGCUGCAGAGGGCAGAGAUUAGGGUAAUAUCCCACCCAUGGCAGCUCUACUAGAGGUCACGUGUGAAGCCACGCAGGAUUAACCUGCUCCUUCCUACUGAAACCCCCACUGAACGUUAUUGUAGGGCUAUUAAACCACAGAGGAAUGUCAGUCACGCCGCUUAUUAGUCAAUAGGCCAGUGGGGGCGCUGCGAGUGAUGUGCGGGGAAAGUAAGUGCAACCAGGGAAAGUGGAGUCGGAGCCUGAGCCCAGCGACCCUGUGCAAGUUUGUGUGAGCGGCGGCCGGGCUCUGUCUCAUGGGCUACGAGUAGAGAGGAGCUGGUGCCCGGGGGAUGGUGCUGAAGGGACAGCGGCCACUGCAAGUUGGACAACAUGAGUCUGGAGAGGAUUUUGCAGGCGGCCCGACAGGGAGAUGUGGAGACGCUGAGAAGCCUCAAUGCGCAGCGACUGAUCGAGUGCGAAGCGAAGGAUCCCAUGGGCGCCUCUGCAGUCCAUCACGCUGCCCGGGGAGGGAAACUCAACUGUCUCCGUUAUCUGGUGGAUGAGGCGCAACUGGUGGGAAACAGUCGGGCCAGAAACGGGGCCACCCCGGCUCACGAUGCUGCGGCCACCGGCAACUUGUCCUGCUUGCAAUGGCUGCUCACACAGGGGGGAUGCGACUUUGAGGAUAAGGACAAUUCCGGUGCCACUAUUCUGCAUUUAGCAGCCAGGUUCGGCCACCAUGAAAUUACCAGAUGGUUAUUGCGCUUUGGGACCAAUGAUGCGAUGGUCCCGACAGACACGGGGGCACUACCUGUGCAUUAUGCAGCGGCCAAAGGAGAUCUACCUACAUUGCAGCAUCUGUUAGAGUACUGUCCAAACGCUAUUAAUUCCCAGACGAAGAAUGGUGCCACACCCCUCUACCUAGCUUGUCAAGAGGGUCACUUGGAAGUCAUCCAGUAUUUGGUCAAGGACUGUGGAGCUGAUCCCCAAAUAAUAGCCAAUGACGGGAUGACACCCUUACAUGCAGCUGCCCAGAUGGGCCACAGCACAGUCAUUGUUUGGUUGAUGAGCUUUACAGACAUCAGCCUCUCUGAUAAAGAUGGUGAUGGAGCCACUGCCAUGCAUUUUGCUGCUAGCCGAGGCCAUGCCAAGGUUUUAAGCUGGCUCCUUCUCCACGGAGGGGAAAUAUGCAUGGAUAACUGGGGUGGAACACCUCUACACGACGCUGCAGAAAACGGAGAGCUAGAGUGCUGCCAGAUCCUCGUGGUUAACGGAAUUAAAUUAGGAAUCCGAGACCUUGAUGGUUACACAGCCGCAGAGCUCGCUGAAUAUAAUGGACACUUUCAUUGUGCUAAAUAUCUCAGGACGGUGGAAAAUAUGAGUGUGGAGCACAGAGUCCUGUCCCGGGAUCCUUCUGCAGAUAUAGAACUGAAGCAGCCAGAUUCAGGGAUGUCGUCUCCAAACACAACCAUGUCAACACAACCUGCCCAUUUUGAUAUUGGGUCUCCUUCUAGUACAUUGUCCAACUAUGACUCCUGCAACUCCAGCCAAUCCAGUGUGGGAGAUAAAAAGAAUCAGCAUGAAGCUCAUGGAGCUAGACCCCCUGAAACUAUAAAUGAUAUGCAGACUUACAUGGACAUGCUGAAUCCAGAAGUCAACACAAAGAAAGGAGAUAGCUCAGUAAAUCCUCCUCCUCCACCUCCAACAUUUCCACCCCCGCCACCGCCUGCUCCUGAUUCUAGAUUGCCCCCACCUCCAUGCUAUCCAGCGCCAAGCCCUCCAGAAGGACAGCAUACAGCGGAAAUCUACGUCCAAGCUAAAAAUAACCUCAGGCAUGUGGAGAAUGAGUUGCCUUCACGUGAAAACAGUCCAGAGGGGCUUCGACGAACUGAUUCCUGUAGAAAGUCAAGGAAUUUCGAUAAACAGCCCAGUACUGGGGAUUAUUAUAAAUAUAUAGAGCAGAGCACAACGGAACCAUCACAGGUUAAAAACAUGGCACACAGUGAAGAGGGAUCUGUGAUUUCAAAUGAAACUGUGCAAAAUGGAAAUAUGUCUGGGAAUGUUCCACCUCCUCCUCUUCCACCACCACUCCCAGAAAACCUCUGUUUCCCACCACCUCCACCUCCAUUGCCAACAGAGUCUUCUAUCAUCUCCUGCUAUAGUCAGCGGCGCUCUUCCAAUUCAACCGGAAAAGUGACAGCUCUCAGACAGAGAAAGAGUACAAAGUCAUUCAACAUGAUGUCCCCCACUGGUGACAAUUCUGAGCUGCUGGCAGAGAUUAAAGCUGGAAAAAGUCUAAAACCAACCCCUCAAAGUAAAGGACUUACGACAGUCUUCUCUGGCAGUGGGCAGCAUGGAGCAAAUGCAGAGGUUCACAUGUCAACAACUCCACCACCCUCCUCACCUUCAACACCACCUGGUAAUGCAGUAACCAGUCCCAACACUGGAGGCCCCAAAUCUCCUGAACCCCUCUUGAAUGGAAAUUCAUCCCCUCUGGCUCAGGCCCAGCCCAACCAACUUGAUGUAGAGUCAUUAAUACCAACACAUGAUGAGCAGGGAAGGCCUAUUCCAGAGUGGAAGCGGCAAGUGAUGGUGAGGAAGCUACAGCUGAAGAUACAGGAGGAAGAAGAGAAAAAACGCACGUUUGAGGCCGGUAAUUACUACCAACAUGAAGGCUGGAGAUAUUCUCAUGCUCAUAAUGCAAUUUUGGGACCCUUUGGAGAGCUUAUGACUGAAAAUGAUAUAAACCGCAUUGAGAAACAAAUUGAGAACCUUCAAGUAAUGCACAAAGUCCAAAAGGUGGAGACAGAGCUAGAGCAACUUGAGCAUGAGCUGCAACAACUACUUCCUGUAUCUGCUGCAUUGGCUCAAGAACAUUUUACAGUUAACCCAAAGCAAAUGCAAGGUAGAGCUGAGGAUCUCCCUGCCUGGUGUAGCAAGAUCUCCACUCUAUUAAAAAGUAUGGCCAUCCUUCUUGCAACCCUUGGUGGAAAAGAAACUGAUCUUGCAGACCUGGUAACCCAUGAAACACAAGAACAGCCUCAGAGUCCAGUAAAGGAUGGUGGAACAAAUAUUGGGAGAUCCCAGUCAUUUAGUUCUACUAGAGAAGAAGUUGAAAAAGAAAUCAAGCAGUGUGGCGUGUCUGUUAAAAACCUUAAGGCUAAUUAUGAAUUAUAUUCACAACCUCAUGAUGAUUCUGAAGCAUCAAGCAGAAUUUACAAAAGGAAAAGGUCAUUACCAGUAGUCACUAAUGGUUAUGGAAAUGGAAGAGAACCAAUUUUAGAAGAAGACUAUGUGACGACCAAUGAUCAGUUUCAUGUACCGACAGAAGAUACACCUAGAAUGCACAAUGAAGCUCCUAUAAUACAGCGCUCUCAACUAACAUAUCAGGAUGAAGAUAUGUUCCCAAGGGAGAUAGAAACGGGCAACCAGAGCACUAUUAUUGAUGCAUUAGGAGAACCAUUACUAAGUGAAGAUCAUAUGACCAGAAGUCUUCCAGUGCAGACCGAGCUUAGCUGUGUACAAGACUACAUAGACAUGAGGAAAGAGAGAAUAGUAUAUCUUUUUCUGGAGCACUGGAGAAAAUGGACUUUCACAGAGUCCAUAAAAAAUAGCAAUACUAAAAGAAAAGAGCUGCAUGGGUUGGAAAAUACAGAUUUAGGAAGUGAAAAAGAUGAGGUGGAGGGUGAAGAUGGAAAGCUUAAAAUGUGCAAAGGCUCUAGUGAUGAUGAUAGGCUUUUAUACUUCAUGAAGCAGAGACAAGUAGUUGGAAAGUUGCUUAGCCACUGGAGAAGUAUAAUCUGCCAAGUUCCCACAAGGCAGAUAAGGCGGCUAAGCAGGGCAAAUAUGAUUUACUGGCCAGAACACUUUUUGCCCCAUGUCAAUGGUGUCCAAGUUGAGUAUUCAAGUUUAACAUUAGAUCUCUUCAUGCUGGGUUACUUUCAACUGCUAGAAAUGAAUAUGUCACGAGAGGAGAGAAAAUUUAGACAUAUUUUAUGCUAUGAAAUGUUUGACCGCCUUGGCAGCCACAACUGGGAGCUUAUUAGGAAUUUUCACAAAACGGUAAUGGAAGAGCUAGAAGCAGGAAAAAGAGAUUGGUCUGAUGGCUUCGAAGACAUUAAACAACGCUAUUUUGGUGACAGAGUUGUGGGAGGAUUUGAUGGCUUUAGAGAAAUAGGGCCCCUGGAAGAAACUGACCUCCAAACUGCAUCAAUUAUAGAAGCUCCAGUGCCCUCAGACAUUAAAAGUAAAGAAAAUCCUGUGGUUGCUUCUGAUGAACUGAAGUCCCCUCCUAAAAGUAGAAAGGACUCUAUCCAACUGGUAUCAGAACUUGGAGAAUUUACAAAUGAUGAUAUAUGUCGUUAUAUUGAUCGCAGUUUUUCAUUCUGGAAAGAAAAGGAAGCAGAAAUGUUUGAUAUAUGAUGCUUCAUUUGCAUAUUUAUUCCAAUCAAGACAUACUGCUGGUCAAAUAUUUACCAUUCCCAGCAGAAAAGUAAUGACAAGAGGAGUAAUGAAUGGUGCACAUAGUCCAUACAGUGGAAAUGGAAGAAAUUGGUCUCCCUUCCAUGAAAGGAUAGAUGUGUUUGUUUACAAGGAGGGGUCUGUUGAAAUAUGUUUCAGAUUAAUUAUAUGAAAAGGCGUAUUUACGUCUACCUAUAAUUUUCACUUACAUAGCCCAACAGAAAUAAAAAUGGGUUACAAAAAUGUCUGAAACUGUCAAAGUAAUAAAGAUCUGUCAGUAUGGUUAAAAAAGCCAUUAAUGUUAAAACCUUUCCACAGUGUAUUUUUUAUGGACAAAGGAGAGAGCACCUUUCAUGUAAAUGUUUCAUUCUCAUAAACAAUAACAGUUUUUGUAUACUGAAAGGCAGUAAAGUGAUGCACAUAGAGUGCAUAGAUACAAUUAUGAGAAAAAAGUGUAGAGCCACACUGAUUAUGUUUUGAAAUGUUUGCUUAGUUACUAGUUCAUUUAGUUCAUAAAACAAGAUGAAAACUGUUCAUUUUCUCUGAAACCAAUAUACACAAAAUGUUUUUUUUUUCAUUGAAUUCAGGAAUAAUGUUAAAAAAAUUUAAAUUAUUAUGGCAUUAAAUUACUUUUACUUCAUACAUCUAACAUCACAGUGUUGCUAUCAUGUUAGAAUUAGAUUAUAGUAAUAGAUGGAGAUUGGAAAUGUCAACCAGUGAAUUAAUUUAACUGGAGUUGACUUUAUUGUUAGUGCCCCAACAAAAGCAAAUGUAGGGAUUUUAUAUAAUAUUUAGGUACAAGAAAGCAGUAAGGUUGAUGCUUAGAUUGUCAUAGAUUUCUUUUUUUUUUUUGCUAGUUGCUACAUAAUAUUAUUAUAUCAUAGGUUGGAAGCCUCAGAUCACAAGUUUACAUUGUAAGUCAUAAUUAAUGUUAUGUUUCAAGAGGCUAUCUAAAUAAGGGUGGAACUUUAAUAUUGGAAAACAACUGGAUUUUGACACACAGUUUAAAAAGGUGAAUGCUUUAAAGACAAAACAGAUAAGAUUAAGUAGAGGGUACCAGAGUCGAGUGGCUCUGUAUAAAUUAUAACAUUGCAGCAAAUCUAUCAAUAGAGAGAGAGAUGAGUCUACCAGCAUAUGGACUAGAAAUGAUUAGUAGAACUGCAAUAUCCAAAGGCUCUACUAUCAACCUUAAUUUAGAUAGUUUUCUUUAACUGCAUGCACAUUUUAGUUGUAUAGCUUAACCUUGCUUAUACAUUUGUCACAAUAGCGUGUGAAGUGUAACUUUAUACAGCAGGUCUCUUAAUCUAAAGCUGGCCAUAGACGUGUAGAUUUCCGAUGAACGAUCGUUUGGUGCCAUCUCGCGACCUGCCACUAACCAUUCAGAUCAAAUAAAGUAGUAAAAGAACAGUUCAGAUGAUGUUCUGCCCCUGACAGCAAUCGUACGAAAGUUAUGUCCGACAAAAGCUAGUGACUGUCUCCUUCCGAUAUUGUCAGAUCGGCAAUACAUGCAGAGAUAUUCUUGGUAGCCGACAGAAAUUUUAUAACCUGUCUGAUCAACUGAUCAACGAUUGCCAUCUCAUGAAAAAUGUUGGGACACUCCACAGAUGGCCCAAAAAUUGUAUGAAACGGAGAUUCGUACGAUCAAAUCUUUGCGUCUAUGGCCAGCUUAAAUCCCAUGAAAGACAAAAAAAACUCAAUUUCUUGUUAAACUGGUCAAGCUUUGAACAAAUUAUUUUGUUUUGUAUAUUUUGAUGUGCUAUAUCUAUUUAAGAAUGGCAUUCCUUACUAAAUAAAAUGUUUCGACAUUGA